UUUCUAUUUAUAUUUUAAACAUGGUCUGCCCUCCAUUUAUUGAACGUGCACCCUCAAUUAUUAAUAAACCAGAUGGAUCUGUUCUUUUUGAAUGUAUUUGUAAUGCUAAUCCAGAACCAACAAUUAAAUGGUUAUUUAAAGACCAAGAAUUGGUGCCUGGAGAAAGAUAUUUAAUUAAGACAAAGAAACAAGUUGGAAAAUAUGCGUGUACAAUGGUUAUAAAGAAUCCUGGCCAACAAGACCAAGGAAUUUACAGAGUUGUGGCUACGAAUCCACAAGGCACACAUUCUGUUCAACAAAAUUAUGUAAUGAAAUGUACAGCUAAUGAAGUGUUCAAAACACAAAUGGAUUAA